AUGAUGCACCGCGGGACGACGGUCGGUGGCGACAAAUCGUCGUCGUUACUGUCGCGGCUGUCGCGUACGAUCGGCUCGUGGCUGUUGGUGUCAUGGUGGUGCUGCACCGUCACGACGUGUGUCGCCGACUCCAGAGACUUCGACGACUAUCGUUUCGACGGCGGCCUCUGCGAGUACUACCAGCUCAUCGAGCCCGGCAACAGGUCGUACUACUUGUAUUCGCCAGGUUACCCGGACCCGUACCUGGCCGACGACCAGGACCGAGAAUGCCGGUGGUUCGCUAAGACGCCUUCGCCCGCAGACCGGUUGGUGUUGGACUGCCACGAGUUUGAUUUACCCGAGAGUUCUUUUUGUGAAUCGGACGCAUUGAUCGUGUCUCGGGUCGGCGACACAAACUUCACAGACGGCGUCAGGCACUGUGGACCCAGGUCGUUUACGGCUAUCAGCCGUACCAACAAGAUGAACAUUAAGUUUGUGGCGAAACGUCAGAGCCGAAGUGGACGGUUCAUGUGCUCGGUGGGAGCGAAACGCGUGGACUUUUGGAUCCCGGAGACCGUGACCAACCCACAGUUCUGCGAGUGUGGAGAGCAAGACCAGGGAGUGUUCGCCAACCCGAAAACAGCUGGCGUGAAAGAGUACCCUUUAAUAGCAUCGCUGAUCGACGGGCAGUCGGCCAACCUUUUUUGCGGCGCGACGAUCAUCAGCAGGCACCACGCUUUGACUUCAGCCAGCUGUCUGACAAACGUCAAUCCAUUUCAAAUUGCCCUGUUGGUCGGCGACCACGAUAUGACCUCUAUAGGUAGUGAUGGCGAUCCGUCAUUGUUGGUCGUGGUCACCGAAAUUUAUAUACACCCGUUGUUCGAUCAGUCAUCCGUCACACACGACUUGGCCAUCGUUGAAACUCACGAAGUAAUUCCGUUUUCGUCUAAGGUAGGACCGGCGUGUUUGCCAUUCAAGCACGUUUACGACGAUUUCGUCGGCGAUACCAUCAGAGUCCUAGGCUGGGGGACUGUAAACUUUGACGAUCAUCCCGUGUCUGGAACACUCCAGAAAUCGCAUCUCAAGGUUGUGCCGACGUCACAAUGUGUUGAAAAGUAUAAAAAUGAGACCGACCGCAAUCAGUUGUGCGCACACUUCACCAAAGUCAAUUCUUAUUGUCAAGUUGAUUCGGGCGGCCCACUUCUGUGGUCCGACCCUUCAACCGGGAGAUUGAACAUUAUUGGUGUAGUUAGCAACAGGUUUGCAUGUGAUGAAUCGACGCCAUCCAUGCACACCAGACUGACGACAGUAAAAAACAUUAAUUGGAUUAAAGUGAUAUUAACAGGACAAUAUUACUGCAGUUGA